GGACAUAAGGGAAAUCAAGUGUGACUGAUCGUCUUGCACGAAUUCCAGCAGGAUCAAGAUCAACUGUCAUUUUUGGUCAAUGAAGUUAGUCUUAUAUUAUCAUAUGAACUGUGUCAUUUGUGAAUUCAUCUUUUCAAGUCAACACUACCCUUAUAUUGAAUGCUGUAACACAGAAAAGACUACCAGAGGCGUUCCACUUGUCUCCUUUUUUGGGGUCGUGACUUUUUGGGGGUCCAUCCUAAUCCCCCAACCCUAUCUGUACGCCAGUGUCAUUAUAUUAGUAUGAAGUAUGGGGUAGGCCUUUACUUGUACAAACUAUUCCCGUCCCCAAAAGGUGAUUAUUACCCCUCAUCUUGCCGUUACCAUGGUAAUGCAGUUUUCAAAACAUGUGUGCCAACCUCCGUGAGCACUGGCUGAAAACCGGGGGAGUAGUUUGAUCCACAAUGAGUUUUCUUGGCUUUUUGGCCUUAAUAUGCGGUAGCCAUGGCAACACAAUUUCUGAGAUUGUCGAAAAAAUGUGGCUUUCAUCUCUCUAGCUAUGGAGACAUGUGUGCAUCAAAUUUCGUGAGCAUAUGUCAUAAAAUGAAGAAGUGGUUCAAUCCGCAUGAUUUUUGCAGAUUAAUUGUUGUAAUAUGAUGUAACUAUGGCAACGUAGUUUCAAAAAUACUUUUUCAUGGGAUAUUUGAAGUUUUAAAAGCUAACUUGCAUAACAAUUAUGUAAAAUCACCGGUCCAUAGCAAUCCUAUAUUCUGGUUGCUAAUGAAAAUACGUUUCCUAGCAACCGUUGCCAUACUAAUUAGAGUUCAUUUUGGCACCAUCCCUGAACAUUUUCUAAAUGUUAUUCUGAUCAUGUGUGCCAAGUUUCAUGCUUUAAGCACAAUCUGAACAUUUUUUAACCCCUCGCCUAGACUAUGACAAAAUUGGCAGCCAAUGCCGAAUUCAGGAUGAUGUACUAAAGAAGUUAAAAUUCAGGGUAAGAUAAGUACGCUUUUCCCAUUGUCAUAUCAGACAUUAUACAUUUAUGUCUGAAUAAAAUGUUUGAGAUACAGUACCGCCCGUGGUAUAUUAAUACGCUAGAACUAUGGACAUACUGUCAUAUAUGGGGGCGUGGUAGUAACAUGGUAAAUUUGAAUUUAUUUGUUUCAUUUUAAACAAUAAACAGCGUAUACAUGUACUUAAGAAACAUAUUAAAAACAAAUCUUAAGCCGCAUUACAGAGUGGUUUGGUUCUAAUCACUUGUUAUAAUCAUUAGGGAUGAUAAGUCGAUCCAGUCCAACGCUUUCACAGUUGGUGACCAUUUAGUAUACAGUUAUCUGUCUUGAGGGAUACACCCAGCGGGUUUAGGAUGAUAACUGUCAUAAUGGUUCAACGUCAUUGCAUAUAGGGGCGGCAUCUCGGUAUGUUGAUGAGGGGGCAGGGUGCAGGUCUUACAUUACCCGACCAUUAUCUCUUUUUUUCACUUCUUCCUUUUUUGUUUCCCCCUCAUACGUUCCUCCCUUUAAAAAAAUAUAUAGGGGCGAUUUUCAGUCCAUUUGACACUGUUAAAUUAUGUAGCCUAUGUUUUAUUUUAUCUGUUCUGAUUUGAGGAAAAAUAUAUUAUUUUGUUUUUGCUUUAAUAUAACGAUGCGUAAGCUACUAAAAAUGUAGUUGGAUGGUGUAUAUGACGUGUAGGACUAAGUAUUAUUAAUUUUUACACACUGCUGUGUAUUAAACAAUUACAGAUACUUCAAUGAUGACGUCCGACGUCGAAACGACAGAUAUAGAUAAUACAACGUCGUCAAUGACCACGUCCACCACCGAGACGACGGAUCUAAAUACAACAACGUCGCAAAUGACCGCAUCCACCACCGAGACGACAGAUAUAAAUACAUCAGCGUCGCCAAUGACCGCAUCCACCACCGAGACGACAGAUAUGAAUACAACAACGUCGCAAAUGACCGCAUCCACCACCGAGACGACAGAUAUGAAUACAACAACGUUGCCAAUGACCGCAUCUACCACCAAGACGACAGGUAUAGAUACAACAACGUUGCCAAUGACCGCAUCCACCGUCGAGAAGACAGAUAUAGAGACAGCAACGUCGUCAAUGACCGCAUCCACCACCGAGACGACAGAUAUAGAUACAACAACGUUGCCAAUGACUGUAUCCACCACCGAGACGACAGGUAUAGAUACAACAACGUCGUCAAUGACCGCAUCCACCACCGAGACGACAGAUAUAGAUACAACAACGUUGCCAAUGACCGCAUCCACCGUCGAGACAACAGAUAUAGAUACAGCAACGUCGUCAAUGACCGCAUCCACCACCGAGACGACAGAUAUGAAUACAACAACGUUGCCAAUGACCGCAUCCACCGUCGAGACGACAGAUAUAGAUACAGCAACGUCGUCAAUGACCGCAUCCACCACCGAGACGACAAGUAUAGAUACAACAACGUUGCCAAUGACUGUAUCCACCACCGAGACGACAGAUAUAUAUACAGCAACGUCACCAAUGACCACGCCCAACGCCGGGACAUAUACUGAUACAAAAACGUCGUCAACGGCCACGUUUGAUAUGACCACCACAGCUGGGAAUACUAUCCUACCAUCGACAAUCGAUGCUGGAACGGCAACUAGGCCUGUGAAUGAAACAACGGUCAAGUCGACAAUGACGACUGUACGGCCAACGGAAAAACCCAAGACGGAGGCUAAAACGGAAGCUACGACAAAACCUACAACGAAACCACCAGAAGAACCUGCAACGACACCUCUCAAAGUAGGCCCGAUCCCAGAAGCAACAGUGCCAGAUAUAGAUGAAGAUUUCAAUAAAACCUAUCAAUUUGAGAUUGCGAUAGAAGAGAACUCGGCAGAGGGAUGUACGAGUGACAACCUUACCACUGAAGCAUGUCGAACCUUCAAGAUUAGCGUCACACUGGAGUUGGAAGCUUUAUAUGAAGUGAAUAUUGCCUUUGUGUCCGUUGAUGUAGCCUUAAGAGCUGGAAGCGUCAUCGUAAGUCAUAAUGUGACGUAUUCGUAUAACAGCAUGUCCGAGGAAGAAAGAAAGAUGUCGGCGCAAGACUUCUACGACGAGACCAUUGGCAAAGCAGUAGACGAUGGGACACUAGGAAAUUAUACGAUCGAAAAUGAUUGUGGGAGUUGCUUACCACCUGAAGAAACAAGUGACAUUUGUAGUCAAGACUUACAUGCAAAUUGUCCAUCUGGCUUCGAUCAAACUUGUGAAACUGGCUACUUGAAUUGUGAAUCGAAAUGCAUCACCGAUAGAGAAUACUGUAGCGAAAAUGGUAUAUGUUGGCAAGAAGACAUGAACGAGGGGCCAAUCUGCAGCUGUGAUUGGAACAACGGUGAAUGGUACUGGGGUUACAACUGCCAAUAUCACGUCGAUCAAACAUACCUGAUCAUUGGAUGCUCGUGUGGGGGCGCUGUAUUGCUCGUACUCCUUGUUUCAAUUAUUGGGUAUCUGUAUGCAAAAACAAUGGACAAAUCUGAGAAGACGGGGAAAUCAUCCGUAGACGGUGAUGACGUCAUCAAUGCCUUUCAAAAUCACGGUUUUGUUAAUGGCAACGAGAACAUCUUCCCGCCCAUUGAUGAUAUCGAUAAUGGUGAUAUCCUACAGCGUCGAAGACCUUAUUCAUACAUCUAUAACAAAGGGGAUGGUCCUACCGAUAUGACGUCAUCCAGCUUUAUCACCAAACAAAAACAAAAUGGCGGUGUUGGACAUGAGGGCAAAAGAGAAAGCGGACUAGAAGUGAUCGAUGACUCUUCAAAGCGUCACUCUCAAUCUUCAAAUACUGGAUCUCAUCAGGAGAUGAUUAAUUCAGAGUUCUGGGGCGAUUCGGCUGCUGAACAUAUCAAGCUUGAACCAUUCCUCAGCAAUGCUGAUGAUAGCGAUGAUAGUGUCCCUCACCCAAACCAGUAUAAGAUUCAGCGACCUCGAAUCAGCAAUUAUUAUUCAUUUGGUAACAGUGAAGUACGUCUGUCCAUGGAUCCCUCUGGCUAUCAGGGCUUUCCGGAACCUGACUAUGGACAGAGAUGAGCAACGAAUCUCCACUGAGGAACACAAGUCCGGUUGGAAAAAUCUACUCCGUAUUCGAAUAGGAUUUUAUCUGACAUAAUAUUACGAAAAAAAAUGUCG